CACACAUACACACUGCACAUACAAACACACUGUAUAUGCAAAAUAAACUCUACUGGGCAUCUGGAGGGAGUCCCGAAACCCAUAGAAUCGAUCCUACGCCGCACGAUGCCAAUAAUCUAAAUCCGAAGAACCGUUCUGCCAAAAAAACCGGUAGACCAGGUACAUUUCAAAGAAAAACAGUCGGCAAAGAUCAAGGUCGCGGUAGGUUCGAUGGUAUCUACUGCUGAAGAUGUUGAAUGUACGCGCAAAGAAGGGCAUAGAGUGAGCAGUUCAGGCUCCAAGCCACUUGGAAUUCCCGAUCUAAACCCGCGCGUUCUGCGAAUAUUCUUAAUUGCCGCUUGCAGCUGAUAAAACAAAUAAGACUGUUUGCAUAGAUAAGUGAUUAAUUGGCUCCUGAUUAAACAUCCGCAUUUGUUUACGAAAUAAUACUCAUUUGCUGAAGGCUGGACGAUAUCAAAACAGCAUAAUUGUUGAGAAUCAAGUUUCAAAUCGGUGGACUUUCCUGAAUGCUCAGCAAGUUGGGAAUUAAGGAUGCGGCCUUGCCAUAUCGGCAACCUCUUCACAAGCCACUAAUUGGCUCUUGAAAUGCACAAAUCUCCUUCAUGAGUGCAUUUAGAGUAAGUAGGUGCAAAUCUAACAUAUAAAAGGCAAAGCGUAGCUCCACACCGCACAGAAAUGGCUCUACAACUGCUUCCUUUGCUGUUUUUGCUUUGUGUGGUCGCCUCUUUGGCCGCCCCUCUGGAGGACGAGAUUCUAGUGAGGGACCGGCGCGCCCCUGACCCGCUGCCUGGCAGAGGUCGGGGAGGCGGUGGCGGUUUCGGAGGCGGAGGCGGCUUUGGAGGGGGCGGCGGAUUCGGAGGCGGCGGUGGCUUUGGGGGAGGAUUUGGAGGGGGCGGCGGAGCCGGCGGCGGCAGAGGGCGCGGCAAUAGGCUAUGCGGAGGGUGCGGCAAAUGAAACUAACCACGCUUUGUCCUAACUAUCUACUUGAAUAAAGACUUAUUCAUU